UACUGGACUCACGCACAGUAAUGGGGGAUCUAGGAUGGAUAGCCUACCCAAAAAAUGGGUGGGAAGAAAUUGGUGAGGUGGAUGAAAACUAUGCUCCAAUACACACAUACCAAGUAUGCAAGGUAAUGGAACAGAAUCAGAACAACUGGCUUCUGACCAGCUGGAUCUCUAAUGAAGGGGCGUCCCGCAUCUUCAUUGAGCUCAAAUUCACCCUGAGGGACUGUAACAGCCUUCCGGGAGGACUUGGGACUUGCAAAGAGACUUUUAACAUGUAUUACUUCGAAUCAGAUGAUGAAGAUGGGAGGAACAUCAAAGAAAACCAGUACAUCAAGAUCGAUACCAUUGCUGCUGAUGAGAGCUUCACAGAGUUAGACCUCGGUGACAGAGUUAUGAAGCUAAACACAGAGGUGAGAGAUGUUGGACCCCUAACAAAAAAGGGAUUUUACCUCGCUUUCCAGGACGUGGGUGCCUGCAUCGCCCUGGUCUCUGUGCGCGUGUACUACAAGAAAUGCCCAUCGGUGAUCCGCAACCUGGCCCGCUUCCCUGACACCAUCACGGGAGCGGACUCCUCACAGCUGCUAGAGGUGUCGGGCGUCUGUGUCAACCACUCAGUGACUGAGGAGGCACCGAAGAUGCACUGCAGCGCUGAGGGGGAAUGGCUGGUGCCCAUUGGGAAGUGCUUGUGCAAGGCAGGGUACGAGGAGAAGAACAACACCUGCCAAGUAUGCAGACCUGGGUUCUUCAAAGCUUCACCCCACAGUCCAUCCUGCAGCAAAUGUCCCCCUCACAGCUACACGCUUGAUGAAGCAUCCACAUCUUGCCUGUGUGAAGAACACUAUUUUAGGAAGGAAUCAGACCCACCUACAAUGGCCUGUACAAGACCCCCCUCUGCUCCUCGGAGUGCCAUCUCAAAUGUUAACGAGACUAGUGUCUUUCUGGAAUGGAUUCCCCCUGCUGAUACUGGUGGAAGGAAAGAUGUGUCUUAUUAUAUUGCAUGCAAGAAGUGCAACUCACACUCAGGUCUGUGUGAGGCGUGUGGCGGUCAUGUCAGGUACCUCCCCCAGCAAACCGGCCUGAAAAACACCUCUGUCAUGAUGGUGGAUCUGCUUGCUCAUACAAACUAUACCUUUGAAAUUGAGGCAGUGAAUGGAGUGUCCGACCAGAACCCCGGAGCCCGGCAGUUUGUGUCUGUAAAUGUAACCACAAACCAGGCAGCACCUUCUCCAGUCAGUAGUGUGAAAAAAGGGAAGAUAACUAAAAAUAGCAUCUCCCUUUCCUGGCAGGAGCCAGAUCGACCCAACGGCAUCAUCCUGGAAUACGAAAUCAAAUAUUUUGAAAAGGACCAGGAGACAAGCUACACCAUCAUCAAAUCCAAAGAGACAACGAUUACGGCAGAUGGCUUGAAACCAGGCUCGGCCUACGUCUUCCAGAUUCGAGCCCGGACAGCUGCUGGCUAUGGUGGCUUCAGCCGAAGAUUUGAGUUUGAAACCAGCCCAGUGUUAGCUGCAUCCAGCGACCAGAGCCAGAUUCCUAUAAUUGUUGUGUCUGUAACAGUGGGAGUCAUUCUGCUGGCUGUUGUUAUCGGUUUCCUUCUCAGCGGAAGUUGCUGCGAUCAUGGCUGUGGGUGGGCUUCUUCUCUGCGUGCUGUUGCCUAUCCGAGCCUAACAUGGCGAUGUGGCUAUAGCAAGGCUAAACAAGAUCCAGAAGAAGAAAAGAUGCAUUUUCAUAAUGGCCACAUUAAGCUGCCUGGAGUAAGGACCUACAUUGACCCCCACACCUAUGAGGACCCUAAUCAAGCUGUCCACGAGUUUGCUAAGGAAAUCGAAGCUUCGUGCAUAACCAUUGAAAGAGUUAUUGGAGCUGGUGAAUUUGGGGAAGUCUGCAGCGGGCGGCUGAAGCUGCAGGGAAAGCGUGAGUUUCCAGUGGCUAUCAAAACCCUGAAGGUGGGCUACACGGAGAAACAGAGGCGAGAUUUCUUGGGAGAAGCAAGCAUCAUGGGGCAGUUUGACCACCCCAACAUCAUCCACCUGGAAGGCGUCGUCACAAAAAGCAAACCAGUAAUGAUAGUCACUGAAUACAUGGAAAAUGGUUCUCUGGAUACAUUUUUAAAGAAGAACGAUGGGCAGUUCACGGUCAUUCAGCUGGUUGGGAUGCUGCGAGGCAUCGCGUCAGGAAUGAAGUACCUGUCUGACAUGGGUUACGUACACAGAGAUCUGGCUGCCAGGAAUAUCCUAAUCAACAGCAACUUAGUCUGCAAGGUGUCAGACUUUGGCCUCUCCAGAGUCCUGGAAGAUGACCCUGAAGCAGCAUACACAACCAGGGGAGGGAAGAUCCCCAUCCGAUGGACAGCACCCGAAGCGAUCGCCUUCCGCAAAUUCACAUCGGCCAGCGAUGUCUGGAGCUAUGGCAUCGUGAUGUGGGAGGUGAUGUCCUACGGCGAGAGGCCUUACUGGGAAAUGACAAACCAAGAUGUGAUUAAAGCCGUGGAGGAAGGCUAUCGCCUGCCAAGUCCCAUGGACUGCCCUGCUGCUCUCUACCAGCUAAUGCUCGACUGCUGGCAGAAAGACCGCAACAGCAGGCCCAAGUUUGACGAAAUUGUCAGCAUGUUGGACAAGCUCAUCCGUAACCCAAGCAGCUUGAAGACGUUGGUUAAUGCAUCGAGCAGAGUAUCAAAUCUGUUGGUAGAGCACAGUCCAGUCGGGAGUGGUGCCUACAGGUCGGUGGGUGAGUGGCUGGAAGCCAUCAAAAUGGGCCGAUACACGGAGAUCUUCAUGGAGAACGGAUACAGUUCGAUGGAUGCAGUGGCUCAGGUGACCCUAGAGGAUUUGAGGCGGCUGGGAGUGACACUUGUUGGUCACCAGAAGAAGAUAAUGAACAGCCUUCAGGAGAUGAAGGUCCAGUUGGUGAAUGGGAUGGUGCCAUUGUAACUUGGUUUUAAAGUUGCUUCCUCAAGUGGGUCAGUCCUGCACUUUGUACACUAGCCCUGAGAUUUAUUUUGACUAAAAAAAAAAAGAAAAGAUAAAAAGGGAAAUUCAGUGGUUUCUAUAACUGAAGGACAUUGGCCUCUGCCGCAGUGUUUCUAAAGCAGUGUUUGACUGAAGUUUUCCUUUUCUUCCUAUUUGUAUCCUCAUUUUCAUGAAGUUAAUGUAAGAUGCAUGGAACAUGGAAACGAAUCUGCUGUACAUGAGGCUAACCCGUCUCUUAAGCUUCAGCGACUACAACAACAAGCCUUCCCACCACACGUUGUCUGUACAUGGGAGAUAGAUAGAUAUAUAUAUAGCACUUUUAUAUACUGAAUUACAGCAGCACAUGGUAAUACUUCCAAGGACUGACUUGAGUGGAGGAGUUCUGUAGCCGUUCGUGGGCUCCCAAAAGCUGCGGUUUACUGAAGUUUAACUUCGAGUCUUACUUGUCUACAGAAGUGUAUUGAAGAGCAAUAUGAUUAGAUUAUUUCUCGAUAGAUAUUUUGUUUUGUAAAUUUAAAGAAAAGAAAAAAAUGCUGUUACACAGCAUUAAGUUAUAGAGACUAGUGUAUAAACAUGUUGCUUGCUCCAUGGCAAAUACAAUACAGGGUGUAUAUUUUUUUUCCUCCCUCUGUGUUACCAAGUUCUUUUCGUUUGCUUUUCUGGGAGGAUAAUACACGACAGAGAUGUAUAUACUGUACAGUUUGCUACGCAUCAGGUACAAGAUCGGGGCUCUUUCCUUGAUUUGUUCUUUUUUUUUCCCCUCCUCUUUUACUUUGUUUUGUUUCCCUUUUCUGUUACUGCUAUGCUUUGUAUUUUUGCUGCUGUUUGGUUUGAGCAACAUAUAAAACCUUCAGGAAUUUUGGUUGCGUAUAUGAGGUAGAGGGAGUCUGCUUAAAUAAAAGGCAUCACCCCCUCUUCCUUUCCACCAUGGGCUGGGGACAUCCAGAAGAAGAAAAGUAA